UAUAUUAUUUGAUAUAUUUGGCGCUACGAAUAAAAUAUAUCAAUUUCGUAAAUUUAAAAAGAAGUGCUGACAUCAUCACCAUAAACGGUGUCAUACAUGGCCUACCAGAGGCGGCCACGUGGCAGAACAGUGCCAUGCAGCCGGUGUUAUUCUCGUAUUUGCAUGUUCAUGGAUCAAAGUGGCACAGAUCAACAAGUUCAGGGGGCACUUUUUCGCGUUUGCAAGUUCAUGGGCCAAAGUGACAUAUGCUGACAAGUUUAGGGGCCUUUUUUUCGCGUUUGCAAGUUUAUGGACCAAAGUGGCACAGGGCGACAAGUUAAAGGGCCGCCAGUGUAUUUUACUCUAAAAUAAACAAAGAGAUAUACAAAGAAAGAUGAGUAAUUUUGGCUAGUGUAAACCUGUUAUUUUUAUGUCUUCUAUUCUAAGAUGGUUCAAGAUCGAAAAUCGGAAAUGCCGCGACCAUCCCCUCCUCCAUCCAUCAUGUGUUUAUAUGUCUGUCUACCAGACGAGAGCACUCGACAAUCACAAUCUGUUUUGCUUUGCACUCACAUUACGUUACGCAUGGCUGAUGGUUCAUCAUCACGACCCCAAGCCGCAAGGCAGUGCAGCUGCAGCCUAGCUAAAUCCACUGAUGAUGGAUGACACCUACUACACACAGUAUGAUCGAGAAGCUCGAUCUGCUCAGCAGAAUCAGCAGCUAAUCUCAGUAUACUGGUGGAACUGAAGAACGCACGACAAUGAGGAGGCUUUUACGUCGUACAACAAGAAGCACAGGCAGAGCUGGUGCUAAGGCGCCGUUGAUGUUAUGGUGGGCAGCACCGGCCAUCUGCUCUGCGCUUCUCGCCGUCCUGCUCGCCUCCAGAUCAUCGUUCUACCUCCGGCAGCCUGCUUCUCCUCCCUACACCUCCCCCGGGGCGGAAGCGGAAGCAGAAGCGGAAGCGGAAGAGGGCCGGCACCACCACCACCGGCGCCGGGCGUGCGACGACCAGGCCAGGUGGGUGGCCAAGAUGGCGUCCCUGCACAACGCCACCCUGGUCCUCACCGUCGACCACAAGGGCUGCGGCAACUACACCAGACUGCAGAAGGCCGUGGACGCCGUGCCCGACUACGCCGCGGCGCGCACGCUGAUCGCCGUCGACGCGGGGGUGUACGCGGAGAAGGUGGUGGUGUGGAGCAACAAGACGGGCGUCACGCUGCAGGGCCGCGGCAACCUCAACACCACCAUCGUCUGGAACGACACCGCCAACUCCAGCGGCGGCACCUUCUACAGCGCCACCGUCGCCGUCCUCGCCGCCAACUUCGUGGCCUACAACGUCAGCGUCCAGAACACGGCUGCCCCCGCGGACCCGGGGGGCUCGGGCGGCCAGGCGGUGGCGCUGCGCGUCGCCGGCGACCAGGCCGCCUUCUACUGGUGCGGCUUCUACAGCUCGCAGGACACACUGCUGGACGAGCAGGGCCGCCACUUGUUCCGCGGCUGCUACGUCGAGGGCUCCAUCGACUUCAUCUUCGGCAACGCGCGCUCCCUCUACCUCGGCUGCACCAUCAGCUCCGUCGCCAACGCCGCCGCGGGCGGCACCGUCACGGGGAGCGUCACGGCGCACGGCCGCGCGUCGCCGGCCGAGAAGACGGGCUUCGCGUUCGUGGGCUGCACCGUCGUGGGCACGGGGCAGGUGUGGCUGGGCAGGGCGUGGGGCCCCUACGCCACCGUCGUCUUCGCCAGGACGUACCUCUCCGCUGUCGUCGCGCCCGGGGCAUGGAACGACUGGAACGACCCCGCCAGGCAGCAGUCGGUGUUCUUCGGGGAGUACGACUGCACGGGCCCCGGCGCCAGCGGUGGCACCGUGCAGAGGGUGGCCUACGCGAGGCAGCUGGACCAGCGCCAGGCCGCGCCAUUCAUGGACGUCUCCUACAUCGACGGCAACCAGUGGGCGGUGCCCCCUCUGCUUCCGCCCAUGCAGGGCGCCGCCGGCGAGGACAUCAUCGUAUCUGCUGAAUUCAGUCAUGGCCAGGCCGGCAUCAUGUAAAUCUAGUAAAUUCAGUCUAUAAUCAUCA